CAAACUUCUCGGUAGUAUGUAAGUUAUAACGUAUCUUUCCCCCCUUCUUUUCUACCCCCUCCAUCCUUGUCAAAUAAUAUCAUUUUCUCGACUUCUCCUCAUACUCCAAGUGAUACAAGAUGCGGUUUCUAACCGCCCUUGCUUCAUCACUAUGUUUUUCUUCAUUUACAUACGCUUCACCAUAUCGUUCAGACCUCACAUCAUACAAUCUCAAUGUAAACCAAUCCGCCCAGUCCCCCACAGAUUAUUCAACCACAAGAUCAAAUACCACUUACACCCCUUCACCACAGAACUGGCGUUCAAUCCCAAUUUACACCGUCCUUAUGGACAAGUUUGCUGAUGGUGACCCUACAAAUAAUCAAUUCUUUAACUCCCCAUACGAAUGGGAUUGGAGAGAAACCCAACUUCGUUUCGGCGGUGACCUCAAAGGUCUAGCCUCAAGACUGGACUACAUCCAAGGUAUGGGCGUGAAGGGAAUAUACCUCUCAGGUACAAUAUUCUUGAACAUGAUCUGGCAAGCCGAUAGUUAUUCCCCUCUUGACUUCUCCAUUUUGGAUCCUCACUGGGGCACUAUUGAUGAUUGGGUAAACUUUAUCGACACCGUGCAUCAACGCGGCAUGUAUGUCAUGCUGGAUUUCACAGUCGGAACCUUGUCCGACCUUAUCGGCUUUGAGGGUUAUCUCAACGUCAGCGCCCCAUUCACUCUCAAUGAAUAUGACGCAAUCUACAAAAACCCAAACUACCUUCCCUGGGGUUUUGAGCAGUAUGUUGAUUUUUCCGUCAUCAAUGUCCGUAACACCUCUUGCCAACUUCCCGUCUUUUGGCAAGACGACGGAACAAUCCAGCCUGUAACGGGCAAUGAUGGUUGUUACGAGUCCGACUUUGAUCAAUAUGGUGACAUGGAAGCCUUUGGUGUUCACCCUGACUGGCAGCGUCAGCUUUCCAAAUUUGCAUCCGUACAGGACCGUCUACGAGAUUGGAAGCCUUCCGUUAUGCAAAAACUCACCACCUUUUCUUGUAUGACCAUCACAGCCCUUGACAUCGAUGCCAUUCGUGUCGACAAGUCCACACAGCUCACCGUCGACGGCAUGACCUCUUGGGCAUCUGCAACUCGUGCUUGCGCAUCUAAUCUUGGAAAGAAGAACUUUUAUAUCACCGGUGAAGUCACUGGCGGUGACACCUUUGGGUCCCUAUAUAUGGGACGUGGCCGUACGCCGGAUGAGCUGCCCCCCGGAUUUCUUCAAGCAGCCAACUUGACAGAAUCUGAAAACCAGUAUUUCUUGCGCCCACAGUCCUCGAAUGGCCUCGAUGGUUACGCGUUCCAUUACUCAAUCUACCGCGCUCUGACCCGUUUCCUUGGAAUGGACGGAAACUUGGCCGUCGCGUACGAUCUCAACACCAACUUUGUCACUGCCUGGAACCAGAUGUUCGUGAACAACGACUUCUUGAAUCCAAACAACGGCGAUUUCGACCCGAAGCAUUUGUUUGGAACAAGCAAUUUCGACGUUUUCCGCUGGCCCAGUUUGGCGAAUGGCACGUUGAGAUCCGCAUUGGCAUCUUACAUUACGUACCUGGUUAUGCCAGGGGUUCCAUUGAUCUACUACGGCGAGGAGCAGAAUUUCUAUCUGUACGAUUCCACAGCUUCAAACUAUCUAUUCGGCCGUCAGGCUAUGAUGAGCAACAAGGCUUGGCAGCGCCACGGGUGCUACAAACUUGGAUCCGCCCAAUACUUUAACAUGCCGCUUGAGUCCGCCUUAACGGGAUGUGACGACGACUGGAACUCGCUCGAUCAUUUUGAUCCCACCACGGACAUGCAUCGCCUAAUGAAACAUUUCUUGUCUCUCCGAACCACCUACAAUGCCCUUCAAGAUGGCUUCGACCUCGUACAGCGUGGAAAUUGGACUUACUUUGUUGAGUUCCCAGGCUCGAACAACACCGCAACUGAAAUGGGCCUCUGGUCCGUAUCACGUGCAGGUAUCCAGGGUGUACAAACACUGACAGGGAACCACACCGAUCAAAUCUGGCUAUUGUACUCCAAUCUGAACCAUUCGGAGACGUUUUCGUAUGAUUGCAAUGGUCCGCUGUGGAUAUCGUCGCCCUAUAUGGGUGGCACGACGGUGAGGAACUUGCUUUCUCCGUACGAAACCUAUACGCUCGUGAACUCGGGGUCGUCGUAUUAUGGUAACGGAACAGCACCGUGGUAUGGGUGUCUCCCGACGGUGAGCAUAGACACGUUCGGCUUCAAAGCUUUGGUGCCUGCCACCGAGUGGGUCCCUGCUCCCCCUAUGCUCACCAAGUUCCUGCCUGGGCAUGAUGCGCGCAUCGAAGCCACGCGAGGGGACCCAAACGCGACGAUCGUGGACCUCGUACUGGAGUUCAAUGUGGAAAUGUCGUGUGAUAGCGUCACGCAGAGUUUAUCGUUCAACAUGACAUCUUCUGGCAUCGGUGGGCAGCCUACGCUCAACCUGACUUCGGUGGUGUGCAAUAAUGUCACGAAUCCCACCAUAUCGCCCAUUGUGGGAACUCCAUACUCGCAGUGGUCGUGGUCUGGUACACUGACCAAUGUUUCGGAUGGGAUUUUGGAGAUUCUUGUCAACAGUCCAUUAUCAUCGGAUGGGACGUUGUCUACUGGGAGUGUAGACCAUCUGCUACUGCGCAAGGGCGAAGCGAACAAUGCCUUGGUGUUCCCUGACUCCGAUUACGAUAGCACAGACUUCAAGUACACUGACGGCGAGUAUACAUUCACGCAUCGUGCCUAUGGAGCAGAUAUGUUUAGGUACUCGGGCAACUACGCACUGAGUUGGUCUAAUUGGACGAGCUGGGAGAAUGUUACGACUAUACCCGCUGACGUCCUCAGCAAUUCUGAUACGUUCUGGACGGGACAACAUCUCAUAGUACAAUAUUGGAGUAGUAUCGCGGCUACCUCCAGCGUCGUCGUGCAUGCAGAUCUGAACUACAAGCAGCAGCGCCGCGUUCCCCAGUUACUCGCCCGAGGUCCUUUCAACAACUGGGGUUAUGACCAGGGUAUAUCCAAUUCCAUGAACCUAAUCAGCGAUGGUACUUGGGAGCUUGAAAUCAUGGCUGCGUGGCCAACAUACCUGCAACUUAACGUGUUUGGGUACGACGACUACUACUACGGCGACGUCGACGCGGACGGCGUUAUGGAUCGGCUACCACCAAAUAGCAUUGCGCCCAACUACCUGAACUUGUCGGCACCCCCUUAUCCGGCGCUCGCAUGGGCACUCGUCGUUGAUGAUGCCACGUUGGCGUGGACCCUAGAGCCUCGUGGUCAGGCUUCUGUCGGCGCUAUCAUGUACGGGCUUCUCUGCUCUCUCUCCCUCAUUACCGGAGUUCUCGCAGUUCUCAUUUUCAUGUACUCUUUCUACGGCAUUCGCCACAACCGGUACGGUGUACAGACAAAUUCCGGUGCAAGCAAGUAUUUCCCUAUCAUCGGAUCGCUUGGCAACAAGUCGACCGCGGAUUUCAAGGAGAGCAUGACGCCCAUCACGGAGAAGUUCUUUAGGCACAAGCCGAAUGCGGAGAUCAUAGGAUGGCCGGAGGACAAGAACAAGCGGCGCAAAGUUCUUAUCGCGACACUCGAGUAUGAGAUCAUUGACUGGAAGCUCAAAGUCAAGAUCGGAGGUCUCGGUGUGAUGUCGUCGCUCAUGGGGAAAGCAAUGACGGACGUUGAUUUGAUCUGGGUCAUUCCAAAAGUUAAGGAUCUGGAAUAUCCCGCUGGUAUUCCUGCAGAGCCUAUAGAGGUUACCAUCUUCAACGAGCCUUACCUUAUCGAAGUGGAGACGCACGUGUUGGACAAUAUCACCUAUGUUAUCCUUGACAGCCCCGUUUUCCGUGCUCAGACCAAAUCGGACCCGUACCCAGCCCGCAUGGACGAUCUCAGUUCCGCCAUCUUCUACUCUACAUGGAACCAGGCCAUCGCAACCACUAUCCGCCGAUUUCCUGUCAUUGACAUAUACCACGUCAACGACUACCAUGGCGCGCUUGCUCCAAUUUACCUCCUGCCCAAAGUAGUACCCGUCUGUCUCUCGCUGCACAAUGCUGAGUUCCAGGGUCUAUGGCCGCUUCGAACAAAGGAAGAAAUGAAAGAAGUCUGCUCUGCGUUCAACAUCAGCAAGGAGCACUGCACGAAAUACGUCCAGUUCGGGAACACGUUCAACCUGCUUCACGCUGCCGCAUCGUUUAUUAGCGUUCAUCAAAAAAGUAUCGGUGUCGCUGGAGUGUCGGACAAGUAUGGGAAGCGUAGUUGGGCGCGGUAUCCUGCUCUAUGGACCCUCAAGCAUGUUGAUUCCCUGCCUAAUCCUGAUCCUACGGAUAUUGCGGCUUUGGAUGAGAACCCAGUGGCUAUGCGUGAAGUGCAGGUCGAUCAGGCGGCUGAGGCGCAGCGUCCGGAUAUGAAGAGGCAGGCUCAGGAAUGGGCGAAUAUCAAACAGGAUCCCAACUCUGAUCUGUUUGUGUUCGUUGGUCGGUGGUCGAAGCAGAAAGGUGUCGAUCUGAUUGCGGAUGUUAUGCCAUCGCUCCUUGAGAAACGCCCUUCGAUACAGUUGAUUUGCGUCGGACCUGUCAUCGAUCUUUAUGGUCGGUUCGCUGCGGAGAAACUCGCUCGGUUGAUGGAGAUGUACCCUGAUCGUGUUUACUCGAAACCGGAGUUUACGGCGUUGCCGCCUUAUCUGUUUAGUGGUGCUGAUUUUGCUCUGAUUCCUUCCCGUGAUGAACCGUUUGGAUUGGUCGCUGUUGAAUUUGGGAGGAAAGGUGCCCUUGGUGUUGGUAGUCGACUGGGUGGUCUUGGGCUGAUGCCUGGAUGGUGGUUCCCUGUGGAAUCUACCUCAACGGCCCACAUGUUGUCUCAGCUUUCGAAGACGAUCAAGUUGGCGUUAAAAUCCACAGAGGAAGAAAGAGCCAUACUUCGUGCUCGAUCAGCUGUUCAGCGUUUCCCAGUCGUUGAAUGGCGUCAGCGGAUGGAAGACAUGCACCGAAGGAGUAUAAAUGCGAGCCGAAAGCUAGCUAGUUCAAACGCUUGGCGAGAGGCGGAUUGCGGGACUGAGCCCUCUCAGCUUGUGGUUUCGGAAGCAGAAGAUUGGAACCCUGUCAAUCAAGGCCUGCCUGUUCAACCUGACUGGGAUGCCCAGAGUGUCAUGUCAUCCCCGCGAUUGAUGCCUAGUUCUCCUGGGAGCCAUGUCUCAACGCCCCAUGAUGAGAACUACCUAUCGGCACCGCCUCGUUUCAACUUCAACCGCGACUCUUCAUACACAUCGGAUACUUCUGACGAGGAACACUCACGGAAUAGUUUCGCUGCUAGUAGUCGGCCUGGGUACAGUGACUUUUUGGAGAAAGCGAACAGGACGAUUGCACAAGAUCAUCGACAUGCGCCAGAUCCUUUCUUGAGUCCAACGCCCCCUUCAAGACCGUUUGGGUCGCAUUCUCGGGUGGCCUCGAUGGAGUCCAUUGGCAGCAUCGUGGAAGAAAAGACCAACUCACCGCUGAACAAGGCUAUUGCGACGUUCACGGAUUCCGAUGGCGGCGUUGCUUCAGAGUUUGUGCAAAAGCUGCAAGCAUUGAACUCGAACAACUCCAAGGGCGAACUCUCUAUUGAGAAGUACCUAGUCAAGUCUGAGGAAGCUUUCUUCGAACGUGUGAGACGAGACAAGCUGUCCAGUGCUGCCAGUUACAUUUCCUCGCACCGGGAAUCUAUAUGGAGCAUGCCUGGUACUCUCACAAUCAAUGAGCACUCUACAACCAACGAGCAUUCUCGUCCGACAUCCCCAAGGACACCUAGUUCUCAUCCAUUCCAUCAAGAGCCGGAGUUUGAUGGCAACAUGGUUGUCAUGAACAGAGUCCAACUUGCCAUGGCUCGACAAAUUGGAACUUGGCCGUUGUAUACUAUCAUCAUUGCUCUUGGCCAGAUGCUUGCUGCAAACAGCUACCAGAUGACUUUGCUUACUGGUCAAAACUACCAGGACAACCUUCAGCUAUAUGUUCUCAGCGCUGUAUUUUUGGCUUCAUCUUUCGUUUGGUAUACGAUGUUCCGCUUAAAACCUUCUGUCUACGUUCUUUCUGCUCCCUGGCUCUUCUAUGGCAUAGCAUUCUUUUUGAUUGGCGUUCCCUCAUUAUCAUCGAAACUUCAAGGCACUCAUACUAUCAUAUCGGACAUUGCCACUUGGUCAUAUGCUGUCGCUUCUUCUGCUGCUUUCAUUUUCUUCGGGUUAAACUUUGGAGAGGAAGCGGGUGCCGCUACUGAAGUCUGGAUACUGCGCGCUUGCAUUGUGCAAGGUUCUCAACAGAUUUGGAUUGCUGCCCUGUGGUACUGGGGUAGCACACUGAAUACCGUUACGCCUGGGUCCGUUACGCCUUGGUGGAUUGUCUUCAUUUUGUGGCCGCUCGCGAUUAUGUCGUUUGCAUUUGCAUACUUAAUGUUGUACGGACUGCCAGAGUACUACCGACAAACUCCUCCGAAAGUUCCAAAUUUCCUCAAAACUCUCUUCCGAAGGAAACUGGUUCUUUGGUUCCUCGCAUCUGAAAUAUUGCGUGAUUAUUGGCUCAGCGGGCCCUACGGUCGCAACUGGAGUUUCCUCUGGAGUGUUCCAAUCCCCAAGUGGGCGAUCAUGCUUCUCAUCAUCUUCUUUUUCAUCGGUGUCUGGGCUUUCAUGCUCUACGUCCUCACGUCCUUGAGUAAGACGCACACCUGGUUGUUGCCCGUGUUCGCUGUCGGCCUUGGUGCUCCAAGAUGGUGUCAGACAUUGUGGGGCACCUCUUCUCUUGCGCUUUAUAUCCCGUGGGCUGGCUCGGGGGGGCCGUACCUUGGUCUUGCUCUGUGGCUUUGGCUUGGUGUUUUGGAUGCUGUGCAGGGUGUUGGUUUGGGAAUGAUUCUCCUGCAGACGUUGUCAAGAUUACACGUCUGUGCCACGCUCGCUUUCGCUCAGGUCAUUGGGUCUAUCUGUGUUAUGGCUGCCCGCGCAACUGCACCAAACCGCAUUGGGCCAGGGAGCGUAUUCCCUGAUGUUGGAACAUGGGACUUCUCACAGGGUCUCAAGGGCAGCCCGAUGGCCUCUGCUCCAUUCUGGAUAGCGUUGAUCUGCCAGAUUGUCAUUGUACUAGGUUACUUCUGGUUCUACCGCAAAGAACAACUAGCUCGACCAUAAUUAUGCUAUUGCUAUUCAUCAAUCACGCACAUACUAGAACCAUCACUCUAUCCAAGGACUUACUUGUUUUCACGGAUACUUUCAUUCACUGGGAUUUUUUUUCGCUGUUGGAUUAUAGGUACCAUCAAAUUCCUGAACUCUGUAGUAGAGUCAUGUACUCGCUCGCACAUCAGAUUGUCGACCUUUCGUUUACCGAAAAUUAAGUCACAUACUCUAGUUCCAGUGCCUCAUACGAGUGCACAUAUGUACUUCAAAUGCUUUUUAUUUGGUGUUGAAUCAUAUGCUGGCUGAUUAAAAGCAUACC